AUGUUCAAAUUCUUCGCCGUCAUUGCUUUGUUGGCUGUUGCCGCCCAAGCUGCUCCCGGUCAUUUGGGUCAUCACAGCCAUACUUUGGUCCAACCUGUUGUGUACUCUUCCCCCACAGUCAUUAAGACUGUGUCAACGCCUGUGGUCCAUUCCUAUGUUGCCACUGCCCCAGUUGUCAAAACUGUUGUCAGCCAAGUUGCCACACCUGUUGUUCAUCAGUAUGUCGCUGCUCCAGUUGUCCAUCAAUAUGCCACCGCUCCUGUUGUAAAGACUGUUGUCCAUUCCGCUCCUUUGGUCAAGACUGUUCCAGUUGUCUACACCACCGGUCUCCGUCAAUAA